CCGUCCGCUUGGAGCGUCCGCUGUGGCGUUCCGGAUAGAGGCGCGUGGUGGGGUCUGGGGCUCCCUGGUUUCCGAACGCCGGCCUCGUCUCCCGUGUGUCCGCGUCAGCGCAGGGUGACGGCCAGAGCCCCCGCCUUCUCCGGCCGCCCUGGUUUCAGGGACUGGAGAAUGCUGCGGACACCGUGCGCCCCGCCCCUCGGGGGAAGGACAUAGAGUGAGGGUCCAGCUGGUGGGAGUGACCGAGUGUGAGCUCUUAAUGUCCCAUGUCCUCUCGAUUAGCAGACCUUGACUUCUUCCCAAACACUUCCGAUGCCUCUUUUACCUCUGGCCUCCUUCCGGCCACCGCCUUGGGUGCUGAGGCCCGCAUGGGGCCUCUCCAGGCCCCAGCCACUCUGUACACAGCCAGAGCUCCACGGCUCGCCCCUCUCUCGGAGGAACCGUGAAGCCAAGCAGAAGCGCCUGCGGGAGAAGCGGGCGGCCCUGGAGGCUGGGCUAGCCGAGAAGAGCAAGUCACCUGCGGUGCCCACUAAGGCCUGGAGUCACAAGGAGGUAGUGUUGUAUGAAAUCCCCACUGAGCCGGGUGAAAAGAAAGACGUUUCUGGGCCCCUGCCCCCUGCUUACAGUCCCCGGUAUGUUGAGGCGGCCUGGUACCAGUGGUGGGUGCGAGAGGGCUUCUUCAAGCCAGAGUAUCAGGCACGGCUGCCCCAUGCUACAGGGGAGACCUUUUCCAUGUGUAUCCCACCUCCCAAUGUCACUGGCUCCCUGCACAUCGGCCAUGCACUCACGGUGGCGAUACAGGAUGCCCUCGUGCGCUGGCACCGGAUGCGCGGGGAUCGCGUGCUGUGGGUCCCCGGCUCAGACCACGCAGGCAUUGCUACGCAGGCUGUGGUGGAGAAACAGCUGUGGAAGGAGAAGGGCGUGAGGAGACAUGAGCUGAGCCGCGAAGACUUCCUUAAGGCCGUGUGGCAGUGGAAGCAUGAGAAAGGAGGAGAGAUCUAUGAGCAGCUGUGCGCUCUGGGUGCCUCUCUGGACUGGGAUCGAGAGUGUUUCACGAUGGACGCUGGCUCCUCAGCAGCCGUGACGGAAGCUUUUGUGCGACUCUACAACUCGGGGUUGUUGUACCGCAACCGUCAGCUUGUCAACUGGUCGUGUACUCUGAGAUCAGCCAUCUCAGACAUUGAGGUGGAGAGCCGGCCCCUGCCUGGCCGCACAGUGCUCCAGCUGCCCGGCUGCCCGACCCCUGUGUCUUUCGGGCUCCUUGUUUCUGUCGCCUUCCCCGUGGAUGGCGAGCCUGGUGCGGAGGUUGUGGUGGGAACCACCAGGCCCGAGACGCUGCCUGGAGAUGUGGCCGUGGCUGUUCACCCGGACGACCCGCGAUACACACAUUUACACGGGCGGCAGCUUCGUCACCCUUUGACGGGACAGCCCCUCCCCCUCAUCACAGACACCAGUGUGGAGCCACACGUGGGCACAGGGGCCGUGAAGGUGACUCCUGCUCACAGUCCAGCAGAUGCCGAGAUGGGAGCCCGGCAUGGCUUGACCCCGCUGAGUGUCAUUGCAGAGGAUGGGACCAUGACAUCCCUCUGUGGAGACUGGCUGCAGGGUCUUCACCGAUUUGUGGCCCGGGAAAAGAUUAUGUGCACACUGAGAGAGCGGGGCCUGUUCCGGGGCCUACAGGAGCACCCCAUGGUCCUGCCCAUCUGCAGGUACUGGACCCUCCUCUGGACCCUCCUCUGGACCCUCCUCUGGAGGAGCCUGCCACACUUACUCCUGGGUUCUCUGUCCCUCUUUUUUCAGGACGACAGGAAGGAAUUUUGGGUGGUCGGGCGGUCAGAGGCUGAGGCCAGAGCGAAAGCAGCAAAACAGACUGGGAGACCAGGGGCAGAAUUGACCCUGGAGAGGGACCCGGACGUCCUGGACACGUGGUUCUCAUCGGCGCUUUUCCCCUUUUCUGCCCUGGGUUGGCCCCAAGAGACGCCAGACCUUGCUCGUUUCUACCCCCUUUCACUUUUGGAAACUGGUAGUGACCUCCUGAUGUUCUGGGUGGGCCGCAUGGUCAUGCUGGGGACCCAGCUCACAGGGCAGCUCCCCUUCAGCAAGGUGCUGCUUCAUUCCAUGGUUCGCGACAGGCAAGGCCGGAAGAUGAGCAAGUCCCUAGGGAAUGUGCUAGACCCACGGGAUAUCAUUAGUGGGCAGGAGCUGCAGGUGCUACAGGCCAAGCUGAGAGAUGGCAACUUGGACCUGGGAGAGCGAGACAUUGCAGCCGCAGCACAGAAAAAGGACUUUCCCUACGGGAUCCCCGAGUGCGGGACAGAUGCCCUGAGAUUUGCACUGUGCUCCCAUGGAAUCCUGGGGGGCGACCUGCAUCUGUCUGUCUCCGAGGUCCUGAACUACCGCCAUUUCUGCAACAAGCUUUGGAAUGCCCUGCGCUUCAUCCUCCGUGCCCUGGGGGAGGACUUCAUACCCCAGCCGGCAGAGAAGGUGUCUCCUUCCUCCCACAUGGACGCCUGGAUUCUGAGCCGCUUGGCCUUUGCAGCCCACGAAUGUGAGAGGGGCUUCCUCAUCCGGGAGCUUUCACUCGUCACCCACACCCUGUAUCAUUUCUGGCUCCACAACCUCUGUGACGUCUACCUGGAAGCGGUGAAGCCAGUGUUGUCGAAGGUACCCUGUCCCCCAGGACCCCCUCAGGUCCUGUUCUCCUGCGCCGAUGUGGGCCUGCGCCUCCUCGCCCCGCUGAUGCCCUUCCUGGCAGAAGAGCUUUGGCAAAGGCUGCCCCCCAGGCACGGUGGCCGCCUGGCCCCCAGCAUCUGUGUGGCUCCCUACCCCAGUGCCCACAGCCUGGAGUCCUGGCACCAGCCUGAGCUGGAACGCUGCUUCUCCAGAGUCCAAGAGGUUGUACAGGCACUGCGGGCCCUCCGAGCCACCUACCAGCUCGCAAAAGCACGACCUCGAGUGCUGCUCCAGAGCUCGGACCCAGCAGAUCAGGGCCGAUUCCAGCCCUUCCUGGAGCCCCUCGGCACCCUGAGCCACUGUGGGGCUGUAGGGUUCCUGCCCCCGGGGGCGGCAGCUCCCUCCGGCUGGGCCCUGACCCCACUGGAUGACACCAUUAAGAUCUACAUGGAGCUGCAGGGCCUGGUGGACCCCCAGAGCCAGCUACCUCGGCUAGCUGCCCGAAGGCAGAAGUUACAGAGACAGCUUGAUGACCUCUUGAACCGGACUGCAUCGGAGGGGCUUGCAGAGAGGCAGCAGAGGCUGUCCUCCCUCCGCCAGGAACUGUCAAAGCUGGACCAGGCGGCCUCCCACCUCCAGCAGCUGAGAGAAGAGGCUGCCAGUGCCCGGGGACUCUGAGCUCCGCUCCCACCCAUGCCCACGUUCCUUCUCAGGCUGUUUUUGAGGACAGAGUGGCCUGCUCUUGGUGCAGUGGGACCUCAGAGGUGACACCUUCCUCAUUUUGUAAAAGGAAGCAGACCAGAAGUCCCUGUGACGCAAGAAUGAGGAGAUGGAGAUAAAAUGAUAAAAUCCCAGACACACCUGCUUGUGAUCCUUCAUCACCCUGUGCCUUGCCUGACUGCCUUGCCUCUCCCUUGCUCUGGGAAGAGGAGGGCUGCCUUGGAGCUUCUGGUGUGACGCUGGUUUCAGCAGUUCCCUAGACCCAGAGACAGGACUCUGGUGACCCUGUUCUCUGUACACCUUACCAAGUAGAAGUUCCUUUGUUCCUUG